CUUCGCCUCACUGGGAACCGAGGGUCUGGUGAGCGCGCAGGAUUUACGCUCCGCAGCCUUCCGACGGUGCUGCCCGCCCGGAGCUGCCCUCUUCCAACAUGGCGCCACAGGAGGCGGGUCCCUCACGUCGGCUCCCGGGGUUCCGGCGCCGGCGCGUUUUGGUUCCGGAGUAACAGUGCGCCCGCCGCCGCCUUCCUCCUCUUCUCGCCGCCACCGCCGCAGCCUGUUCGAGCGGCUUCGGGUAGCGGGGGCUGAGCCCUUAAACUCCGCGCUCUCUGGUUCCCGGGAGGCAGAGGACUUGCUCCCUGGCCCUCCGCCCCGGGUCCCCCUCGGCUUUCUCCGGGUCCGGCAGCCCCAAGGCUCCUUCCUAAUAGUCCUGGACCGAGUCCCGUCAGGUCCGGGACCCUCCCCUGGGCCACUACAGAGGGGCGGACACCUGCCGGUGUGUGUGCCCCAGUGGGGUCCUUGCUCGGCAGUCUCCUCGCAUCCACACUGACCGCCCAGAGCGUCACGAUUCCGUUUGCUCUCUUGUCUAACUCCACAACCUCCAGACCUCUGGUUCCUCCUGGCCCCUGCCAAUCUCCAGGGCACCUACCCUGGGAACCCCAUCCAACCCCACAGAGCCUGGGCCUGGCUUGUGCCUGCGGGCCCCUUCCUGGGCAUCCCUUGCCCUCGCGUCCUCAGUUUUCACCCUCUGCCCUUCUUGUCACCUCUUGGAGCCCCUCCUACCCAGGGGACAGAAUGUGAGCCCCUUUUACCUAUAAUGCUGUGGCUGGCCUUUGGCCCCUACAGCGCCAUGGAGAACCAGGUGCUGGUGAUUCGCAUCAAGAUUCCAAAUAGUGGCGCGGUGGACUGGACAGUGCACUCCGGGCCUCAGUUACUCUUCAGAGAUGUGCUGGAUGUGAUAGGCCAGGUUUUGCCUGAAGCCACAACUACAGCAUUUGAAUACGAAGAUGAAGAUGGUGAUAGAAUUACUGUGAGAAGUGAUGAAGAAAUGAAGGCAAUGUUGUCAUAUUAUUAUUCCACAGUAAUGGAACAGCAAGUAAAUGGACAGUUAAUAGAGCCUCUGCAGAUAUUUCCAAGAGCCUGCAAGCCUCCUGGGGAACGGAACAUACAUGGCCUGAAGGUGAAUACCCGGGCUGGACCCUCUCAACACACCAGCCCAGCAGCCUUGGAUUCACUUCCAAGCAAUAGCUUAAAAAAGUCCUCUGCUGAACUGAAAAAAAUAUUAGCCAAUGGCCAGAUGAAUGAACAAGACAUACGAUAUCAAGACACCCUUGGUCAUGGCAAUGGAGGCACAGUCUACAAAGCAUAUCAUGUCCCAAGUGGGAAAAUAUUAGCUGUAAAGGUUAUACUACUAGAUAUUACACUGGAACUUCAGAAGCAAAUUAUGUCGGAAUUGGAAAUUCUUUACAAGUGUGAUUCAUCAUAUAUCAUAGGAUUUUAUGGGGCAUUUUUUGUAGAAAAUAGGAUUUCUAUAUGUACAGAAUUCAUGGAUGGGGGAUCUUUGGAUGUAUAUAGGAAAAUUCCAGAACAUGUCCUUGGAAGAAUUGCAGUAGCAGUUGUUAAAGGCCUUACCUAUUUGUGGAGUCUAAAGAUUUUACACAGAGAUGUGAAGCCCUCCAAUAUGCUCGUAAACACGAGAGGACAAGUCAAGCUGUGUGAUUUUGGUGUAAGCACUCAGCUGGUGAAUUCUUUAGCCAAGACGUAUGUUGGAACAAAUGCUUAUAUGGCGCCUGAAAGAAUUUCAGGGGAGCAAUAUGGAAUUCAUUCUGAUGUCUGGAGUUUAGGAAUCUCUUUCAUGGAGCUUGCUCUUGGGAGGUUCCCAUACCCUCAGAUUCAGAAAAACCAGGGAUCUUUAAUGCCUCUCCAGCUUCUGCAGUGCAUUGUUGAUGAGGAUUCGCCCGUCCUUCCGGUUGGAGAGUUCUCCGAGCCAUUUGUACAUUUCAUCACUCAGUGCAUGCGAAAACAGCCAAAAGAAAGGCCAGCGCCUGAGGAAUUAAUGGGCCACCCGUUCAUCGUGCAGUUCAAUGACGGAAAUGCCACUGUGGCGUCCAUGUGGGUGUGCAGGGCGCUGGAGGAGCGGCGGAGCCAGCAAGGCCCCCCAUGAGGCUUCCCGAGAAAAUCCAGGACCGGUCACCCAGGGUCACCCACCUGCGGCCCCUCUGAGCUCACUGCCUGCACCGGAAGAGCUUUGCUGGCCCGGCCUCCCAUGCUGACCUUCACCAUUCCUGCCAGCGGAUUCCUUGCCUGGGCGCAGUCCUGCCUGGCAGUCCUCACCCCUGUCCUGAGCACCGACUCCAGUGGGUUGGGGACAGGGCCGGCGGUAGGGGGAGGUGCCCUGGCCCCUGCUCCCGUCCAUCCUCCUAACCCUACUCUGUAAAGGUCAGACCUGUGGGCAGCACUGACGGGAAUAAAGCGUUACAG